AUAUAAGUGAGUAAUUCCUUGUUAAUGUUUCACAGUAUAUUUGAAUUUCUUUGACAAAAUGAAGCUUUUGCUCUGUGUUUUUCUUUUACCAUUUGCCCUUGUUAACAAUUUGGCUCAUGGAUCUGAAAAUGAUAAAGAAGAAAAUAAGUUCGUGGUGCGGUCACUGGUUGACGAUAUAAAGAAAUUUGAAACUGACAUAAAAAGUGUGGAGACUAUAUUGAAUAGUCUUAGCGAAGGCGACAAACGAAAAUGGCAAGGAUUCAUUAGUCUCAAUUUGCUCCAGGAGAACUUGAAAGAGUUUCAAACAACAAGAACACAAAUUGCACAAUUGAAUCGAUCCUAUAAAGCCUAUUUCGACGCAAUUGUUCAAAUUUUUAUCAAAUUCAAAAAUGACAACGCAAACGAGAUAAAAAAGCGAAACAAAGCCGACGCACUCCAAAAGUUGCUUAAUUGGAACAUGAAACGUUUUCAAAGAGAUAUGACUACAAAAGCAAUGAUGAAUGUUAAAGUUCACAAGGAAUUGGAAAGCCGAAGAAACUAUGCAGCAAAACUAGCGGAAAGCUUGAAGAGCAAUUUUAGCAUGAAGGCGAUUGCAGGGUUGGGUAAAAAUGAUUUGGUCAUUGAAAAUGGGCUCGUUCCUCAGAUCCGAAACAUUUUAAUAGGACUGAAAGAAAAUGCGAAAAAAGCAGUUCAAGCGCAAAAUGAUUUUGCCGAACAUUUGAAACGAAUUUUAAAUCAACCAUAAUGAAAUAAUUUAUGUCAAAUGUGAAUCGGAAUAUUCAAUAAAUAUAACGUGAAUGAAGGUUUACUUUUUAUUUUAA